AUGUAUUCUUGGAAUUUGGUGUUUCAUCCAUAUGGUACCAUUAUGAAAAUAUUCACAGACCAGUAUUACGAGGCGUUUGUAUACUUCAAUCAAUUAGUGGCCUAUAGACGGGUGGAUAACAUAACAAAUCUGAUGCGACGUAUAAGAUUCGUACGAAUCCAAGCUAGAGAUUUCAUCUGUUCCUUAGAACAUACGCACAAAUCUGAUUGGCUGACUUUGUAUUCUGGAAAACGAUUUUUUGAAAGUAUGUGGAUAAAAGACAUAAAGAACUGAAAGAACAAGCCAUCAAAGAAAAAAUCAACUCAUUUGCUCAAACGGUUUUUGAGUUGUAGAUGUAAUUUGACAAAUAUUUUGGCAAAACCACGCCUCCCGCUGACCACGCCCUCGGCGGAAGAUUAUUGGCCCUAUUUAAGACAGGUGCGUCGUUCGCCAUGCUGACUAGUUACCGUG